AUGGUGUCCAAGAAAGAUGAACCACCGGGCAACGGUUUAGAUGAAGACGCGUUUCCCGCCUUCCGAGAUCUACUCAGAGCCUUAGCUGACUAUACCAAGCUUACUGGUUUCCGCUACGACCCGCGAGAUUUUCAAGACCCUUCAAACUGUGACCCGGCGGUCAGCAGCAUAGUGAAGGACUACCAAAGGCGACUCGUCACUGGAUCGGACCCGGAGUUGUGGCGGCAAGCAGUGAAUGCGGUACGAUGUGCCGAACAGGAAGGCAUCAGGACUGUUAUGAUGGCUACUUGCCGUGAUCUGGGCGUGUGGCCUCAGAACGUGGAUGCGAGUGAGAAGUCAUCUAUGGCCUGGCAAGACACAUCAGAGCCUCUGGAUAAGAUCGCCCUCGCCCUCUAUAAUCAACAACACAACGUAGCAGAUAGUGAAGGUUACCAAGCGGUCUCUAGAACAGCUAGUUUCAUAUCCGAUUUUGUCUAUGCUACUGUUGGGAGCGAAAAACCAGAGCUCCAUCAGGGUGAGAAGUCCAAGCUGAUGCUCACAGCCUUCCUGAACAGAGUUAAGGAGUAUCAAGCACAGAGAGAGGUCGAUAUUGGCCGGCAGGAGCCCGAGACAUACAAACGAAUACGAGGGACUGUAUUAUCAGCUAUGGAGGGAUGGGCUCCUCCAUCGUUGGUAGCAUAUAUAGGGGAUUGGACUAGUGAUAACUUCCCAUCGCCUACUACUGCUGCCUUACUUGGUUUUGGAGUUGUUGCCGCGGCUACGGCUAUAGGAGUGGCAGCUGCGAUGAGCAGAUCCAAGAAGAAUAAGGAGCGAAGACAUGACUAACAAGCUACUAUCAAUUCUCAUACAUUCGUCCAACAUUAUUUUUCGCU